GCGAAGGAAAGCAGAGAAGGAGACCCAAACCAAAAUCUCCAAUCUCAUUCUGCUUCUUUGCUUCUUCGCUUCUCUUCUCUGCGUUCUCUUCCCUGCUGCAUCGAACCAAAGAGGAUUCAGCAAUGCCUGCACAGAAGCGCCCUUACCCUGACACUCUCGACGACGCCGACGACUCCUCUAACCACCUCUUCCCGCAUCGCCACCCCAAGCACCACCGCGACCGCACCCUCAAGCCCCACCAUCCAGAUGAAGAUGCUGCUGGAGCCCACAAGGAAGAGGACGAGCAAGAACAAGAGCAAGGGGAUGCUGAGCAAGAAGAUGAGGAAGAUGAGCAACAAGGAGCAGAAGAAGAAGAUGAUGAUGAUGAAGAAGAAGAAGAAGAGGACGAUGACGAAGAUGAAGAUGAAGGUGAGGGAGAUGAAGAAGAUGAAGAAGAAGGGAAACACAACGACGAGGGUAAACCCGAUGAUUCUGACGACACCCCAUCUUCGGAUUCUGAAGAAAAACCAGAAUUUGUGUUUGUAGAACUUCUGGAAAUUCGUAAGGAUGUCCAGUGCCCAAUUUGCCUUGGCAUUAUUAAGAAAACAAGAACUGUCAUGGAAUGCUUGCACCGGUUUUGCAGGGAAUGCAUUGACAAGUCAAUGCGACUUGGGAACAAUGAAUGCCCUGCUUGCCGAACACAUUGUGCCAGUCGCCGUUCUUUGAGAGAUGAUCCGAAAUAUGAUGCUCUUAUUGCUGCUUUAUAUCCAGAUAUUGAGAAGUACGAGGAAGAGGAGCUUGAAUUUCGUGAAGAGGAGAAGAACCGCAAUAAGCAGAUUCAAGCUUCAAUUGCAAAAGUUGUUCAACGGCAGUCUGAGGCACUAGUUAAGAGACGUAAAGAUUCACCAAGUGUAUUCGUGACAAGAUCCCAGCGAAAUCAACGAAAUGCUUCUAGGAGACAAAAUCAAGUGAUUGAUAUUCAAGGAUCUGAGGAUAAUGAGGAGGAAAAUGACAAUAACGAAAAGGACUCAUCAUCUGCUGAUGAGCGGGGUACAGAGGCGAGGCAAAGAAGGAGAAAGAGAUGGACCAGAGUUCGCACCUCUCAGCCCUCAUCAUCAAUGGCAAGUCCUGAUGGUGGAUGUGCAGAAAGUGACUUGGAUAACGGUAGAGAAAAUCGAGGACUUUCAAGGCAGGUGUCAAAACCUCGAAAACUUACAUGGGGAAGGGGUGGAUUUAGAAGUCACACAAGGCAUGGAAGUGGCGGUGGUAGUAGUAGCAAAACCUCUCGCAGUAGUCGAGUGUCUAAGAUGGUUGAUUUUCUCCGAAACUUGGAUGAGAAUGCUGAUGAGCAGUUAGAUAUCCAUCUCAUGCUUUAUUCUCUGGGCAAACGAGGCGCACCAAGUUUGGAGAAGCCACACCUUUGCUGUCGCCCAACUUUGUCUGUCAAGAACCUUUGCGAAUAUGUUGCUCGCCAAACACCUGUGCCUGUUGAAGAAGUUGAGAUAUUGGCAGUUAAAGGAUGCAGUGGCACAGAUUUCGACAAGUCAACUGAUGAGACUUCAUCCUUGAAAUGUGAUGAGCUAACAACUCUGGUUAUAGAUCCAUCUAAAUAUGAACUAGAAAUUUUGCAGGGAGAUGAAUCUUUAGCAGGGAUUAGAUCUAAAUGCAUAUCUAAAAGGGAGCAUUUGAUUCUGGCAUACAGGCGGAAAGGGGCACUAUAGUCACGCUGAACUUUUUUUCAUUUGUAUAUAGCAAGGACAAAUUGUCUAAG